GGCUUUGACAGUAGGUUUUUCAGUUAGUUCCUUGGCUGUUGCUCUACUGCCUGCUGAUAGUCAGUAGCCGUUGUAUUGCAUGCCACCGUUCGAAUGUAAACAGUGUCUUCGCAACCAAACCGACAACUUUAGGAGUACAAACAAAGUACUUUUCAAUUGUUUGACGUCUCAAUGGAUACUGUUCAGAAAUUGACAUCUGGAUUUUCUCUGGACCUGGGACCACUGAAAGAACCCCUUGGAUUUAUUCGUGUCCUAGAAUGGGUCUUCACCAUCUUUGCUUUUGCCACCACUGGAGGAUACUCUGGGACCACCCACUUCACAGUCAAAUGUCCAGGAACCACAGAUGUCCAUGAUGUAAGGCCUACAUUUGGCUACCCAUUCAGGUUGUCGGCCUACGCAUAUAAGAUACCGUCAUGUAACAGCAGUCCAUCCAAUGAGACCUACCUGCAAGGCGACUUUUCCUCCUCAGCGGAGUUCUUUGUGUGUAUUGGCGUAUUUGGGUUUCUUUAUUGCACUGCCACACUGAUCCUCUACCUGGGCUACCAGCACGUCUAUCGCCAGACCACCCGCGGUCCCAUCAUAGACCUUGUGGUGACCGCUGCCUUUGCCUUCCUGUGGCUCGUAUCCUCCUCAGCUUGGGGCAAAGGCCUGACUGAUGUCAAAUGGGCCACUAACCCUGAGCACCUAGUGCAGGCAUGCAAGGAAUUCUGUCAACCAGGAGAAUUUCCUCCCAUGGGCCGCCUCAAUGCCUCUGUGAUUUUUGGCUUUUUGAACUUGAUCCUGUGGGCAGGUAACUGCUGGUUCAUUUACAAGGAGACCCCUUUCCACAAGGAUCCCAACCCGCCGGCCACCAUGGAGGAAGGAGGGGCACCGGGGCCCUAGCCAUUUCACAGAGAGUCCUCAAGCAUAACCCUGUACCCACAGCAGAAAUGCUUUGUGCCCAACACUGGUCUAUAAUAUUAAAUUGCAAAAAUUGAAAAAAGAAAAACAGUUGUACCAAAUACCCCACAACACUAUAUAUGCGUUUUUUUUAAUCUGUCAUCUACUCCCAGUUCCCAUGUGCCUUGAAAACACUAAGUGUGGAUACAAACUAAAAUACUAUGUACAAGAGCUUCUGUGAAUGUAGCCUGAGUUGAAAACUAAAACUGUAUGUAUGCUGUGUUAACAACAGCAGUCCUUCACUGAAUUUGCUUCCACAUUAGCAUACUGUCCUCUCUUGGCAUCUGUUCCUCAGGGAGCCACCUAGUGAUGAAAUUGUGAUGUAAGAAACCAGAAUCUCUGCUGGUCCUCAAUUAACUGAAAAAGGGUAAAGGACCAACUGAAAAACACAGCGCUCUUUUUUUCCCUCAGUUAAAGAAAUAGCUGAUACCACAGGCCUGGUAUAUAAUCAGAUCAGGGAAUGUGUUCCGGCUUUCUGGGGAAUUAUGCCAUCUAAGGAUUAAAUUAACAGUCAUAUCAUUCUCCCACCAAUGUUCUAGUCAAUAGAGAAAUACUACAAUAUACUAUAUAACUACAUGGUUGAUGCAGUUUCAAUACUCUGGUUUUCUUGCAUUUAACUGUUUAUAGCAAACAAACAACAAAACUCUUAAGUAAAAACCACACUACAAUCUACUGUAUUUCCAGUGGGGAAGUGGAGACUUUUCAGGUUGUGACAGCGUUAGCCACACUUUAUAUUUUCAGCCUGUGUGGCAGGCUCUCUACAUGUUUACUGCAGUAGCUGUUGUACAUGACCUCACAAUGGAAGUAACUGAUGUCAGGCCAAAAUUUGUCUAGUUCCUGUUUGAUCAAAAUGUUACAUUUAGACUACUCAAGACUCAUCCUUGUUUCAACUGCCUUUUGCAAAAGGUGACUUGCAGUGAUAUUAUUUAUACAGUUCAUAUGUAUUUUUAAUUGGUCUGUUGCCUAUUUUUAAAACCAAUGUUGGGUUUCUGUUUGUAUUUCCCAAUGGAAAAGUGUCAGUGUGCAGCUUCUCUGUGAUUUGUUUAUGUUUUUGGCAACAUCAAAUUUGUUGUACCACUGAGUGGCUUUAGGCUUCAUCUUUUCAUGGUAAAUAGUUCACAUCUCACAAGUGGCAAAAGGUUGAUGUAAUCCUGCUGUAUUUCUUUAUAGCUCCUGCCCAUAGAUUUGCUCUGUAUGUAAAUUGACAGCAUUUCCAUACAUUGGAAGGUUUUUAUUGAUCUCCUAUAGUUGUUCUGAGUCACUGUUUUGAUAACUUCCUGUGAUCACAUCGACUAGUUGCAUUGUACUUUGGAAGAGCUGAUCAUCCAUAUGAAGUAUAUGAGCAUUAAUAGACUGCACAGUGACUCAAAUCAGAACAAUCUGUGCAGGUGUUUAAUUUCAUUGCCAUAGCCUAGGGAAUGUAUGAGGGACUGUUUGAGUCUCUACAAGUAAAAUAAUAUAUUUUCCACAUCAUAUUGAAAUUAGACAUAAAAUAUAAUAUAUAAGAGGUUAUCAAUUUUAAAACAUAAAUCUUAAUUAGUUAAACAGAGCACAGUGAUGUAUGGAUGUUUAAGUAAUGGUUUAUUGAUAUUGGACUAAAUGUAUUUUAUGCUUUGUUUGUGCAAAAGGAAAACAAUAGUUUAUCUGUUUUGAUGUGUAAAACAUGAGAGCUGCAACUGCUGGAUUCUGUCUCCUUUCUUAAUUACACUGCAAAAUGAGUUCAUAA